AUGGAGAGAAUAUCCUCUCUCAGAGAAAACGCAACGAACAACAACAACAACACUAGCAACUUUGACUACGAUGGAGAAUCAGUGUAUUCAAAAGGCUCAAACCAGUCAAAAACAAGCUCGGUUGCUUUGGGCGGAAAUACAUUGCUGGCCCAGUUUGAAAGCGUAGCCUUCUUCUUUCUCGUUUCCAUAAAACUACCCAAACCGGUUCCGAAUUGGAUUGUAGUCGUUUUCAAUAUAAUGCUGCUAUGGCAGUCAACAAGUCUAGGAUGGGAAUCAGAAUUUAAUUGGGGUGAAAGUGGUAAAUUAGCUGCAAAAGUGAUUGGAGUUCCACGAACAUUAGGAGCAAACUGGUAUCCGUAUCAAUUAUUUUUGGCUAUUUCCAUCAUAUUGGCUGUUUUAGAAAUUAUUUCCUUGUUAUCAAUAUAUUUCGCAUAUAAGGCUUUACAUAGAGGAAGCAAACAUUCGGAAAAAAUUAAGAACACUGUCAGAGCCAUAUGCAUUUUGUUUGGCGUGUUUGGGUUAGCUUUCAUUUUCUCACUCACGUCAUUUUGGGCCUGUGAUUACUCGAAACAAGGAUUAAUAGAGGAUGGCGUGGCCAAGUAUGCUCUCAGAAGAUUUCCAGAAGUAGCAUGUUGGAACCCACUAAAUGGAUCAUUUGCAGUGAUAUCGUUGGUGUUCAUGAUAAUUCAAGUUCCUCUCACAUUUUUAGGAUUGAUUUUGUUGAGUGACACUUGGGUAAACAAGCACACAUGGCUAAGCAUGGACAAUCCCUUUUUAAUGGCAACAUGGGUAUCACUUAAUCAAAUUUACUUAAUUAUCUCUCAAGCUCUUCCUCCUCAGGCAUUUUUGGCAAGACCUAUUCUGUAUUUAACGUUUUCCAUUUUUUUGUUGGCUUAUUUAGUUUAUGAUCUUCCAUUUCAUCACAGAAUUGUGAAUUCAGUAUUUGGUGGAUUUUUUUUCAGUAGAGUUGGAGUUGCAAUAUCAAGCAUUGUUUCAAUAGAAGCAAACCCAACCAAUUCAGACGAUCUUGGGCUUGGAUUUUUGUUUGGUCUUGGAUUCGGAUCUUUUAUGGUGUUCUUUAUUGUUGGUUUUGUGGCUGUGGAAAUUUACUCUCAAGUGAUUUAUAGAUAUGUCGAGAAGCGACUUCGCGGAUUGAAAAAUGAUUCGCUUUCUAUUUCUUCAAACGUCAAAGAGCUGGUUCAUCCAAGAGCCUUGUUUCACUACAUGAAAUUUUGUAUCAAAAAGAAGCACGACAAUGAAUUGAUAUCUAACUUUAUUAAGGUAGCAACCAACCAAAGAUUGGAAUUAGACACUACAAAUUUGAUAAUAUCAGCACUGUAUAUUUUUUACAAAUUAGAGGAAGGUCAUAUCUCAAGUUUGGCUUUGCAUUUAUUGGCAAAGGCCGCCAAAAAGAACACCAACAUUAUUCAAAGAUAUUUGGUCUAUCAGAGAACGAAAGAAAUUGAGGCAGAUUCAUCUCUCGGAAAAAACUCUCUCGAACUAAGACACAUUUUGAAUACAGUAUCCAACAUGCAAGAACAAUUGAGACAAUAUCAAAAGCUCUUUUGGAAACAUUUCGUUUCGAAUGAAGAAAAUAAUGAGAAGGUGUAUAAUCUUGUGAGGAUGAUGCGCACAUUAAUUGAAAAUUCCACUACUACCUAUAACAAUCUGCUAGUUAAUUAUAAUAACAACGCUCAGGUACUGAGAAGCUAUGCUCAGUUCCUUGAAGAGUUCUUGUUUGAAUCCGAGCUUGCUGAAGAAUUUUAUCAAGAGGCUAACAUACUGGAAGAAGAAGAUUCAAAGAAACGUCGAUUUUCUGUUGAUAGGCAAGAUUUCAAAAAGAAAGGAUUAUACUCCAACAAAGUUGUUCCUGUCAGUUUAAAUGAUGAAGAUAUGAAGUUAAAUGCAUUUACAGAAUCCAAUGAAAAUGAUGUUGAUAAUCUGGAAUCUGCGAGCCAGUACGGGGAUAUAAAGAAAGACAAACAAACUAUUUACAGAUCAGCCAUUAACAAGCCUUAUAACAGCAAAGCAAGAUUUUUGUUUCUUCAAUCACUAGGAGUAGUUUCAAUUUUGGUUAUAUGUAUAAUUCUUGGAAUGGCUAUAGGUCUUUCUAAUGAUGGAGAGAGAAUAGCAACAGUGAAUGAUUUUUGCCAAAUAUCACCAGUUACUUAUCUUGCAUUGUCUGGAGUCAGAUGGAUUCAACUGAUUUCAGAUCAAAAUGGAACAGCCUACUUUCAGGAUGAAUACAAGAAACACAAGGAAACAAUCAGUAUUGCCAAGUCAAUUACCGAGAAAGUUAAAACCAUUGUAAACGAGCAAAAAUUUGCUGUAGAAAGCAUGAAAGAUUUUGUAGCUCCUGUCUUUACAAUUGACAUUCCAAUAUUACAAACAGGAAACAUAACUUCACUUUUAUCAACCAAGAAAAACGCCUCAAUAUCUGACAUGUCAGGAGAACUGAUGACAAUCGUGUCCAAAAUCUACAAUUGGAAGGUUGCAGAUUACACGAACAUGUUCCAGAAUUACGAAUUUCUCUAUAUUUGGAUGAACAGAAUUGUUCUUACUGAAUCCUUUGAAAAAUUUUGUUCAUCACUGAUUGCAAGAAGCGAUUCUUACCUUAAUAACGAGAAACAAAUCUUUAUUUUCACAUUAGUAGGAGUUCUUGUGGUUUACGUGUUAUUUAUUUUUGUGUUUGUUGUGUUCUCAUACAUUCAUUUGGGUCAGCUUUCCAAGCUUACGAAGUUGUUUUCUAAACUUCCAAAAGAUAUUGUUGGAACAGUUUUCCAUAACCUUGAACAAAGAUCAGAGGACAAAAUUGUCAAAAUAGAAAGGUCUUUACUAUCUCCCAAGAGAACCAUUUCUGCUUUAAUUGGCGGAUUAUUUGUUGUGACAGUUGUGGCAAGUGCUUUGCUUUUUUAUGAGAGCCUAGAUUUGAUGCAAUCGUCAUAUAACACCAUGAUAAAGAUUGAUGAUGGUGUCAAAGUGCUUCAAUCAUGUGAGAGAGAAAAAUUCAAACUGGGUGAAUAUCUAUUUGGUGAAUCAUCAAUUUUAGGAACAAACAUGAACCAAUUUCACAAAGAGAUCAUCAAACACUCUCAAGACCUCAUGGCGUACUGGUUAAAUUACAGAUAUGGAACAAUUCAAAAUAACUUUGCUGGAAUCAGUGGGGUAUCAUCAUCAAUUGACAGCAUGAUCAUUUCAACGGUUAAUUGCACCUCCAACGAUACAGCUUCAUGCAUUGGAGUGGACGAACUUAUGGAUGCGUAUAGCUUGGCUGCUGACAGAUUUAAUGAAGAUGCUUUUAGAGGCACUUAUCCGAAACAGCAGUUAAUGGCAAGAUACGAUCAGCUAUUCGAAACCUCCGACCUUUUUUCUUCUAAGAUGUACUCAAUCUUGACUCAAUAUGUGUAUGCAUUCAAAACCCCCAACCGAAUCCUUAGCCCUCUCGCAACUAGCAUUUCCGUUAUACUACUGUUAGUGUUGGCUUACGUUAAAUAUUUAGAAGCCAGAAGGUUUGAUAAUGAAAACCACCAACUGCGAAGAAUGUUCAACUUUAUACCUUAUGACGUACUGGAACAAUUUGAUGAGAUUAGAGCUUACAUUUUAUAUUACUCACUCACAGAUUUAAAGAAAAAAGCAAAGGGAGAGAAGUUUUCAAAAACAAAAGCCAUUUUGGAUGCUGCUGUUGAUGGUGCUAUCGUUCUAAACAGUAGAACUGGAUUUAUUGACAUUAUAAAUCCAAGUGCAUUGAACAUGCUUGGAUAUAAGCAUGAAGAAUUAAUGGGAACAUCCUUAUUACUUUUGUUUAGUGAGGCCAGUGCAGACAAAAUAAGAAGCGUCAUUGGUAACAUGGCAAGUGCUACAAGAAGUUAUGGUGAAUCGUUUGAGUUGGAGGCAAAGAGAAAGAAUGGAACUACUUUCCCUGCACAAGUUUCUAUGAGUGUCUCUUCAUUUGAAAAAAAUAACCUUAUUAGUGUUUUUAUUAAGGAUAUUACUUCUGAGAAAAAGCACAACAUGCUUAUUGAAGAGGAAAAGAAAAAGAGCGACGCUUUGCUACUUAACAUUCUUCCUGAACAAGUUGCUGCAAGAUUAAAAGCUGGAGAAACCUAUAUCAGUGAAAAAGUGGACGACACAACCUGUCUCUUUAGCGACAUGGUCAACUUUACCAAAAUGUCCUCUGGCAUGUCUGCUAUUGAUCUGAUUCAACUAUUGAACACUUUAAUUAAUGGAUUUGACCAAGGUAUUAACAAGUAUGGUUUAGAAAAGAUCAAAACAAUUGGUGACGCCUAUUUUGCUGUUGGAGGUCUUCACAAUCAACAAUCAGACCAUCCUGAAAAAGUUAUCAGAUUUGCCAUGGACAUGUACUCUGUCAUUCAUGACUACAAUGUGGAGAAGAAAUCAACUCUGAAUAUUAGAGUGGGAAUGCACACUGGUCCAGUGAUUGCAGGAUGUAUUGGUACUCUGAAAUUUGCCUAUGAUUUAUGGGGUGAAACAGUGACUCUUGCCUCCAAGAUGGAAUCAACUGGAAUUCCUGGACGAAUUCAAGUGACAAGACAAACCUAUGAAAGAGUGUAUGAUUUGUUCGAGUUUGAUGAAAGAAAAGGUGUUGAGGUGAAAGGAAAAGGUACAUUGACGACCUAUGUGUUAAAAGCUCAUCAUCAUACCUCUCCAAUUCCAUCCGAAGAGGAAGUUUUAUUAAGUGCAAGAGAAAAAGAGAAUCACAAACGAUUGGAAAUUACUGUUCCAGUACCCACACUGAAUGAUGGUGGUGGCGGUGGUGACUUGAAGGUUGCAAUGACCAAGUCCAUUGUUGUCUCUCCUCGCGAGCCAAAACAAGAGGUUGCAGCCUCUUCAACUGCUGUUGAACUAGAGCCUAAAGAAUAA